AAUAUCCAAACACAAAGAGAGUAAAAAUGAAUAAACAUGGAAGAAGCAGAUGGAGUGGGAAGCAGGUGAUGUUUGGGGUGUUAAUUAUGGGGUUGUGCAUUACUGCUUAUCAUGUAGUUGGUCCACCCCUCUAUUGGCAUUUCUCUCAAUCUAUUUCAUCCACUCAUUAUUCUUGCCCUUCUUGUCCUUGUGAUUGCUCUAAUGAUAAACAAAUUCACUCUUUUCCACAAGGUUUGAAUGUGAGUACUUUUACAGAUUGCAUGGAACAUGAUCUGGGGGUGAGUGAGGAGGAGGAGAGAAACUUCACAGCUCUUUUGACAGAGGAAUUAAAGCAAAUGGAAGGUGAAACAGUGGAAAACCAGAGAAGAGCAGACAUGCAACUGCUUGAGGCAAAAAAGAUGGUGUCCCAAUAUCAAAAGGAGGCAGACAAAUGUACAUCAGGUAUGGGAACUUGUGAAGAAGCUAGAGAGAAGGCUGAAAUUGCUUUAGAAGCACAGAGACAAAUCACUUCUAUGUGGGAGCUCAGAGCGCGCCAUCAAGGAUGGAAACAGGAACUUGUUUGAGUCUAGCAAGUGUUCUAGACAAGUUCUUAGUGAAACAAGUAAACUGGAUAGAUAAUAUUUGUAUUCAGCUAGUAUGGACAUUUCUCUAAUUUUGCUAACAAUACAAGUCAUUUU